AUGCCAUGGUUUCGGUUGCCCAGGUCGGUCACCACUGAAGAAACGAAGGAACCGUUCUACAGAUGGCACAACAGCGUAUCAGACCUAGAAGCUAGUGUCAGUACAUGCGCAUUCUGCGAGGUCAUUUUCAGUCAUCUUAGUGGCAGCUAUCACUACCAAAUGAACGCUAAGGACUGUGAUGGAACAGCUCUUUGGAUACUGGCGCCGAUUGGCUCGCCCAUGCUGAAGGUGUUCAUGGGCCAGGCGGAACCUCAGGUACAGCUCACUGGCAACUUCAGUUACACGACCACUCCAGGUUGCUUCAAGAGCCACGUGCCCAUACAGAACUCGGUUCAUCCUUAUGUCCUUGAGCAAAUGUCAGCAUGGGUCAAGAACUGCAAUGAAAACCAUCCGGACUGCUCAACAUCGGUGCCGGCUCGCAACACAUCUCAGCUACCUACGCGCCUUUUGGACCUUGGUUCCAUGCCUAAAGCGGCUGAAUUCGAAGGUGCCGCAGGUGAUCCACGUACUCUAUUGGACAACACAUCACUCAGGCUUAUCGAGAAAGGCCCAGACAGUGAAGGCCAUUAUAUCGCAUUGAGUUAUUGCUGGGGAAAAGCUUUGGCAUUCACCACGACUACCAAGGAUCUCGACAAGUACAAAGAGGAUGGGGGAAUCAAGUACAACCAGCUCCCCGAAACCAUUCGAGACGCCGUCUUUCUCACCAGAUAUCUAGGCAUCCGAUACCUCUGGGCUGACUGUCUUUGUAUCAUACAAGAUGACGGAGCGGACUGGGAGAGAGAGGCUUCUCGGAUGGCUGAUGUGUACAGCAACGCGUAUCUGACCAUUGCUGCGACACGUGCCAGCCAUUGUGGCGAGGGCUUCUUGCACGCACGUAAACUCAGAGGAGAGACCAUUGUCUCUUUUGCAGAUGACAAGGGCUCUUUCGACCUUUACUUCCGUUACGACGAUUUGAUGUGGUCUCCUGGUUCCAUGGAAUCUAUUACUGACGAGUCAAUCACGAUGCGACGGGAAGAGCCACUCUUGAGCCGCGGCUGGGUACUCCAAGAACGCAUUCUUGCAACACGCACUUUGCAGUUCACAAGCUACAACAUGCGGUUAGAGUGUUCCAAGCAAGUCUUCACUGAGCCCCAAUUCGUCGACGAAUACGGCACCUCGAAAGAGACGUCUUUGGAAAGGAUAGCAAAGGGGCUUGAAAGUAUCAAAAACGCGGCACCAAUCACAGGCACUCAGGAGAUACAGGUCCCGGUAGUCAACGGGAGGUCCUACGGAUGGCGCGUAUGGGCCCGCAUGAUUGAAGAUUACACAUCGCGCAAUCUGAGUUUUGCGUCCGACAAAUUCCCCGCUCUAGGUGGCGUUAUUUCAGCCCUACAGGAGCUGACUGGCGAUACCUGCUUCGCGGGCAUUUGGAAGAGCUGGUUUCUACAAGGUCUACUUUGGCGUUUGCAGGAUCCCAACUGGGAUGAGUAUGUCUUUUUUCCGAAGGAACCGCAGAGGGCCGUCCCCUGGAGAGCUCCGACGUGGUCAUUCGCAUCUGUCGAAGGGGUCGUGUUAUAUCUACUCCUCGAGGAGAAUUUUGACCAAGGACUGUGCGCCGAACUGCUCAGCUGCGAAGUCACGCCUAAGGGUAAGAACCCCCUUGGAGAACUUACAGACGGAUUCGCCAAGAUCAGAGGUCCGAUAGCUGCUGUCUCUGGUGUAUUACCGGAUCUAUCGCUUAACGGCAGAGAGUGCAUGGUCAGCAUGACAAACGGUAGACUUGCUGAAGCCAGUGUCUACUUUGACAUCGACGUGUACGACUCCUGCCAAGUCCUCAUGAUCACUCCUCAUAUGGGUGUUGCUAUUAUACCGGUCAAAGUGGCCGAAGGAACAUACACAAGAGUUGGGGCGGUCUCGGUGUACAGAGUCUUUGACCCAGGUAGCGACACUCGAAGUCGCGGUAGGCGGGCACACGAGAACCGCGACAGAUCGAUUUCGGCGUCUCACUUCCCCAGUCCGGAGAACAUCACCCUGCUGUAA